CAUAAAGCUUUAUCGGCAAUUUCCUGCUGCUGUCGCGUUUGUUUGGGCAGGCUGCCCGUGAAUAGGUAAGAUGGCGGCCGCGGCAGUGGUAGAGUUUCAGAGGGCUCAAUCUCUCCUCAGUACGGACCGCAACGCGUCCAUCGACAUUUUGCAUUCAAUAGUGAAGCGAGACGUUAAGGAGGACGAUGAGGAAGCUGUUCGGGUUAAAGAGCAGAGCAUCCUGGAGCUGGGAUCUCUCCUGGCCAAGACGGGACAGGCUGCGGAGCUGGGGGGCCUGCUGAAGUACGUGAGGCCGUUCCUGAUCUCCAUCAGCAAGGCCAAGGCGGCCCGCCUGGUGCGCUCCCUGCUGGACCUCUUCCUGGACAUGGAGGCGGCCACGGGGCAGGAGGUGGAGCUCUGCCUGGAGUGCAUCGAGUGGGCCAAGGUGGAGAAGAGGACCUUCCUACGCCAGGCCCUGGAGGCUCGUCUAGUUUCCCUGUAUUUGGACACAAAGAAGUACCAGGAGGCCUUGCUGCUCGGCUCUCAGCUCCUGCAGGAGCUGAAGAAAAUGGACGACAAGGCCCUGCUGGUGGAGGUGCAGCUGCUCGAGAGCAAGACCUACCACGCGCUCAGCAACCUGCCCAAGGCCCGAGCCGCCCUCACUUCUGCCAGGACCACGGCCAACGCUAUCUACUGCCCGCCCAAGCUUCAGGCAGCCCUGGACAUGCAGUCAGGGAUCAUUCACGCCGCCGAGGAGAAGGACUGGAAGACGGCCUACUCCUACUUCUACGAGGCGUUCGAAGGCUACGACUCCAUCGACAGCCCCCGAGCUAUAACCGCGCUUAAGUACAUGCUCCUCUGCAAGAUCAUGCUCAACUUGCCAGAGGACGUACAGGCCCUCAUCAGCGGCAAACUGGCCCUACGGUAUGCAGGCCGACAGACAGAUGCGUUGAAAUGUGUGGCGCUAGCCAGCAAGAACAGGUCCUUGGCAGAUUUUGAAAAGGCCCUGACAGAAUACAGAGCAGAGCUGAGGGACGACCCCAUCAUCAGCACCCACCUGGCCAAACUCUACGACAACCUGCUGGAACAGAACCUCAUCCGUGUCAUCGAGCCCUUCUCCAGAGUACAGAUAGAACACAUAUCGACUCUAAUCAAACUCUCAAAGGGAGAUGUCGAGAGGAAAUUGUCGCAGAUGAUUUUGGACAAGAAGUUCCACGGAAUACUGGACCAGGGAGAGGGAGUGCUGAUUAUAUUUGAUGAGCCCCCUGUAGACAAAACCUAUGAGGCAGCCCUGGAAACCAUUCAGAACAUGAGCAAAGUGGUGGAUUCGCUCUACAACAAAGCAAAGAAGCUGACAUAGAAGUGAAGACCUCGGCUGUGGAGAAUGUGUGUGACCGGUGUAUGGAACAUUUGGGAGAAGGGGUGGGGGAAAGGGUCGGGAAUGGAAAAGACUACAGAAAAACCCACAAACUGCACCAGGAUUCCUCGGUUCCCUACGGAAAGUUUUUAACUUCUCUUUCAACGGACAGAACUUUUCAAUUGCAUCAUUUCCUCCCCCUUUCUUUUUGGUAUUCCUUUUCAGUACUCUGUAAUACUCAGCGGCCCUGCAGGCCAUCAGGGAAAACUGUACAAACACAAUAAAAAAUUAAAAGCA